AUGCUGACCGGGCGCGAGAGCCUGGUCCGCCUCAUCGGCCGGCGCCGCCGCUCCCCUCUCCCCGCCUCGCUCGCCGCCGUCCUAUCCCCAUCCUCCCCUUCCCCCUCCGCCUCCCUCGCUCAGGCCGACGAUGGGGGCGGCUCGGGAGAAGCGGCUGGGGGUGAGGCUGGUUCGACGUCUGGAGGAAGCGGCGUUGUCGGCGUGGGCGCGGAGUGGGUGGUCUGCCCCGUCUGCGGCGACUCGAUCCGAGGGUCGGACUACUGCGUCAACACUCACCUCGAUAUGUGCCUUACAAGAGGAACCAAAAGGAAGUUAACACAGAGCACCCUUCUUAAUUUCAGAUUCAGUAAAAAGGUUUCCGCUGAGCCUACAGCAAACAAUUUGAACAAUGAGAUCGAGACAGAAAAUAUGAAACAGAUUGAUGAAGAUUUGUCGAGUGAUCAAGCAUUCUUCACAUUCGAUAGUGAGAUUGGGAGUUCAAAUGCUGGCGCUACUAUUUCAUCGCCUACCUGUCUGAAUGGCUCACUUGGCAUUUCUGAGACUAUUACUUCUUACGCACCUUCAAAAAUUGUCUUACCAAAUGUAAAGGAUGCUGAAAAUGAUGGCGCAGGGGAACUUCCAACGGUGGCAAUCUCUUGCAGUUUUGAUGAAUGUGCAGUCAUGGAUUCUAGCACUGUUGUAGCAGUUGACACUGUCAUAGUUGGUCGGAGGUUCCAUGAGAACAUUGAAUUAAGAGAAGAUGCAGUCAUUACCUUUCUGAGAGAUCCUCAGAAUGCUAAGGACCCUGAUGCUAUAAAGGUGCUUUAUGCAGGGUCUGAAUGUGAGCAGACGCUUGGAUACUUGCCUCGAGAUCUCGCUAAAGUUUUGGCUCCUCUAGUGGACAAGCAUUAUGUUGAAUGCGAGGGAUUUGUAGUUGGUUUGCAUGAACAGCAGUUUGGCAAUGUUCCCAUCCAGAUUACUAUCCAGAAAUGUAAAUCUGACAAUCAGAUAAAUGAUGAUCCAAAUUAUUGCCAAUCCUUGUGGGGAAAUUUUGUUACCACUGUUAAAAGUGAAAAUUUCCGGAGACCUCGCAGUGCAAGAUAUCAGACAAAUUUCAAUUUGAUGAUGGCUGAUGUUAUGGCUAACCAUGCACAUGUCUUUAGUGAUAUAGAAAAAUCAUUUUUAGCUUCUUUUAAGUCGUUAUCAGAUGAUGGGCAACGGCUUUUUGUCAGGAUCUACACCCGAAAAGGGCCAUGGUUCCGGAAGAGCAGCAUCUCAUAUCAAGAGAUAUCAGAUCUGGAACAUGCAGUCAUGGAGUUGAAGUUGGCAGGUUAUAUCGACAUGCUUUCUUGCACCGUUGAUCCUUCUGAAUAUGAUAUGAAGGAGAUUCUUGAUGUGUUAAGUGUUCCUGAAAUGAAGGAAAUUCUCAAGGAGCUUCCUAAGGAUAACACAAGCUGCACACGUCGACAUGAGCUUGUUAGCACCCUUCUGUCUUCGUACCAUAAUGGUACCUGUGCAUCACUACCAAAGCGAAUCCUAAAAUGGACUGGAACCUGUAUAAGAAUUUCUAAGAUGGCAGAUGAACUUCUGUGGCGUAUCCAGAGGCUCUUUUUUCUAAAUGGUGAUCAAGAUCUUUCUUCAUUUCUAUUAGUGGAAUUUGGUGUAGUGAAGUUUCCAGACUAUGUUUGCAGCAUUUCUCAUCGCAUUUUUCAAGAAAGAAGUGAUCUACUUGACUAUGAAGACGCUAUUCGAGUUGCUCAGGUGAUGGAUGAAUCCCUUGAUAAUAAUAACAUGGACUUGGUGACAAGAUGCAUCGAUUUAUCUGAGAAUCGAUUAUGCACUAUGCCAAAACAAGAAAAUGCAACUACACCUGAAUGUCGCCCAUCAUUCUUUUCUCGCUUUUCAGCUUCCUGGGUCUAUUCGAAAAUACUCACAUUAGGUGUCUCCGUUUAUGAAAGAGACCGCAGGUAUGAAGAUGCAAUAAGGAUUCUAAAGAUACUACUUAGUAAAGUUGCUUGUGAUAGACGGCGAGGAUAUUGGGCACUGAGGCUAUCCAUUGAUUUGGAGCAUGUGGGUCGUGCAAAUGAGAGCCUUUCCACAGCUGAAGGAGGAGCAAUUGAUCCAUGGGUCCGUGCUGGUUCAAAGUUUGCGCUUCAAAGGAGAGUGCUGCGUUUAAGCAAACCUCCACGACGCUGGAAAGUUCCCAGUUAUACUGAUUAUGUUAAGAGAAGUAUAAGAGAGGUAAGCAUUGAAGGAAGGCCAUUGAAUUGCGAGACAGGAGCAAAGAAUGUAUUCUAUGGUUAUGAUGGGGAACUUUGUGGGGUAGAGCAGUUGGCUUUACAAUAUUAUGCUGAUGAAGGUGGUGGUUGGCAAGGUACCCAUUCGGAAGGUGGCAUUUGGAUGACUAUCUUUGGCCUUCUAAUGUGGGACGUAAUGUUUUCAGACAUACAAGACGUUUUCCAGUCUAAAUUCCAGACAGCCCCCCUUGAUCUGGAAACAGAUGACUUCUACAAAUCUAGAAAGGACCUUGCAGAAUCUCAGUUGAAGAAGAUACAAGAUGGAAUGGCUGAAGAGAUGCUCAUCAGCUCCUGGGAGCUACAUCAGGGGACAUCCUGCCAAGGUGUUAACUGGGUCCGUUAUUCGUUAACUGAUCUACGGGCUGUCGUUGCAUGCAUUGGUGGCCAUCGCUUGGCAUCACUUCUCCGCCAUCUAGCGGUUGAUUACAGGAGCUGGUCGAGUGGAAUGCCUGAUCUGCUGCUAUGGCGUUUCCUUGAUGAAAGAGGUGGAGGUGAGGCUAAACUUGUGGAGGUCAAAGGACCAAGGGACCAGCUGUCAGAGCAACAGCGUGCAUGGAUUCUUGUUCUCAUGGAUUUUGGAUUCGAUGUGGAAGUUUGCAAAGUAAGCCCGGUUACCAAGCGGAGAUAG